AGAAACAGCAAAAAGAUCAACUAAGAUGGAGCAGAGGAAAACAAUACUGGGAAGAAGAAGAGUAUGGGGACAUUCAGUAUGGUAUAACUCUUGCAGAAUGUAUGAGUUAUACCAUACUGAAUCUCUCCCUACUGGAAGAAGAAUGGGAAAAUGUGGUAUGGUCAGAUGAGUCAAAGUUUGCUCUUUUUGAAUCAGAUGGCCGAGUAAGAGUAUGGAGAAAACCAGGGGAAGCUUAUAAAGAGGAUUGUAUUCAACCUACA